AUUGUUUCCCAUUGGCUGCCAUUGGCUCCCCUUGGCUCCCAUUGGUUCCCAUUGUUUGAUUCCCAUUGGCUCCCAUUGCUUGAUUCCCAUUGGCUCCCAUCGGUUCCCAUCGGCUCCCAUUGGCUCCCGUUGUUCCCCCAGCUGACCCCCAUUGAGCGCUACGCCAUGAACUUCCUGGAGGCGUCGCUGGAGGACGUCAGCAGGGAGGAGCUGAAACAGGCCGAGGAGCAGGUGGAGGCGGCUCGGAAAGACAUCGACCAGGCCAAGGGCGAAGGGCGCUUCCGUCUGCCAGACGAGGAAGAGGAAGAGGAGGCGACGACAGCGGCGACGGCGGGGGGAGACGAAGGCCCCAACCCCAGGAGACCCCGAAAAAGUCGGGGACCCCCCCGGCCCAACCCGGGCACCCGCGUCAGCCAAAGGCUAAGGGCUGCGGCUGCUGCUACACCCAAAAUGGCGGCGGCGAUGACGACGACGACGACGACAGCACCCAAAAUGGCAGCAGCGACUACAACGGCACCCAAAAUGGCGGUGGUGACGACGGCGGCGGCGGCGCCCAAAAUGGCAACGACGACAACAACGGCGCCCAAAACGGCGACGACGACGGUGUCCAAAAUGGCGGCGAUGACGACGACGACGGCGCCCAAAACGGCGACGACGACGGUGUCCAAAAUGGCGGCGACGACGACGACGGCAUCCAGGGGGACCCCGAGCCCAUGGAGGAGCCCCCCGACGUCACCCAGGACAGCGCCGGCGUCACCGUCUGGGGCGGAAGUGACGUCACCGCCGGCGACGGUGGGGGAGGCGGCGCAAGCGGCGGCCAUGAUGGCGGCGGUGACGUCACAGGGCGCGGAGGUGACGUCCCAGGCGGAAGCGGUGACGUCACAGGUGGAAACGGCGGCGCCGGUGACGUCACAGGAAGCGGCGGGGUCGGAGGCGGAAGCGGCGGAAGCGGCGGCGACGUCGCAGGCGGACGCGGCCGCGACGUCGCGAGAGGAAAUGGCGGCGUCUGAGGUGGAAACGGCGACGACGUCAGCGGCGGAGGCGGCCAUGAUGUCGCCGGCGGAAGCCACGCUGAGCACCAAAACCCCCCACGGCCCCGGGGUGGAAACCCCCAGCGCCGAAGAAGCUGCCGAAGAACCCGAGACCCCCAAAGAAAAAACGGAGACCCCCACAAAAGCACCGGAAACGCCGGAACCGGAAGCUCAACCCCCGCCACCAGAAACGCCUCAGCAGCGCCCUCCUCCUCGCCGCCGUCGCAGCGCCGACGUGGAAAUCCGUCAGAGUCGCCCGCCGGGACCCUCGGCCAAAGUCUUGCGUCAAUUACCGGGUCGUUUGGUCACCAUUUUGGAGACCCCGACCCCGAUAACCGCCACCCAACAUGGCCGCCCGCAACGCCGCCGCCGCCGCUCCUCCCCCGGCCGCCGUCGCGACGACGACGACAACGACGACGACGACAACGAG